AUCGCCACGUGUCCUGGAGCUCCUUCUUCUCUUUUUCAAAACCAUUCAAUAAUUCAAUUCCAACUUCAAAUACUCUCCAGUAGUCGCUCAGUUCCUCCCUCAUCCUCAGAAACCCUAGCACUAGCAGAGCUCAGUAAGUCGGCUCAGUGCCUUACAAUGAAGCCUUCGUCGCGGUACAGUUCGUACGAUGCACGCUCCUCAACCUCGUCGCACUUCUCCGACCCCUCGUCUUCCACUGAGCUCAAGCUCCCCACAUCCUCACGAGCCGUCGUCAAAUCUAAGGCGUCGGAUCCCAACAUCGCCACAAUGAUGAAAAAGUUCAUGGAAAAGCGAUCCACGUCCAAGGCUAAACCAAUUAAGGCCACGGGCUUGGUGAUUCCGUCCGAUCUAAUCGCUGGCGACUUGAAAAAUACGGCCAGGAACGGGACGGGUUCGAAUUUAACGGCGUUGGGUAGGAAGCUCUUUGGGAAAGGAACAGGGACGACGUCGUCAGAUAAGAAAAAGGAGGUCAAAGCGUUGACUGAGGUAAAAGGGAACACCAGGACGCUGGCCAUGGUGUUAAGAAGUGAGAGAGAGCUUUUGAAUCUGAAUAAGGAGCAAGAAGUGGAGAUUGCCGAGCUCAAGUUGAUGCUUCAAGAAAAGAACAGAGAAGUGGAUAAAUUGAAGGAUUUGUGUUUGAAGCAAAGGGAAGAAAUCAAAUCAUUAAAGAAUGCGAUUUUGUUUCCAGAUGUUAUGAAUUCCCAGCUUCAAGAGAUGUUAGAGAAGCAGGGGUCAGAGCUGAAGCAAGCGAAACAAGUAAUCCCAAAUCUUCAAAGGCAGGUCACUUCCCUUACUGGACAGCUUCAGUGCCUUGCAGAGGAUCUUGCUGAGGUGAAGGCAGAUAAAUGUUCAGUUAGGGCACGUUUUCAACGUGAUGACAGUUCUCCAAGAACCCCAACAUAUGAUGACAAUGAACCUUCCAAUUCUGUUGAGUUCAGCUCUGGUGAUCCAACCAGCCCUGGUAGUCCAGAUGACAUGUUCCUGAAGGAUUUAAAUCCUUGCUUGACACCCUAUUAUGCUAAAACAAAGUCCAAGGAAUUUGAUGAGAUGGGCUAUGACUCUCCAUAUGGACAUCAUGAAAGCUUAUCUCAAAACAAGAUGGAGUUUGGAUUUAACUUUUGUGCCAAGAAGUUGUCCAAAAGUUCUGAUUGUGCCCAGAAGCCCGAAGCAGAAAGCAGAAUAACUCAAGCAAACCGGAGAUUGGGUGAUGGCAGACGAACUUAUGGAAAACAAAUUCAUCAAAGAUUUAUCUAAAUCCGCUGUCAUAUGUUAGUAAUUUGCUUCGUAGUGUUCCUAUUUCAUCUUUUGCUUCAUCGGGGUCAGUAUCUAAUCUACCAUCUUAUGCACAAGAUAUACUGACCAAAAGGUGAAAGUCCCUUCACAGUAGAAGAGUUUGUGCGUUCUUAAAGGGUGUUGAAUUUACUGGUGAGUGGUUGUACAUGGUGCACGUGAAGAACAUGAAUAACAAAGUCUUUUUUGUUA